AUGGAAAACUUGACUCUUAAACGUAAAAGAGAAGAAACUAAAACCUUGAACCAAGACGAGAAUUCCUCUGGACGACAAUCCCCGGUUUCCAGACGUCGACGUGUGGAAUCUUCAGAGAGAUCGACCACUUCAGAAAACGGUUUACCGGACAUGGAAAACAUGGAAGAAGAUGAUAUGAGAGAAUAUGAAGUGAUUGAAGAGGUUGACUCAAGCAAAGCCUCGUCAUGUUCGGACGGGGAAGAUGCAGAUGAUGAACGUGAGGAAGAUGAAGGUGAUGAAAAAACGAUCGAGGAAAAAACGGGAGAAAAUUCAAAGAAGGAAAAUGAGGAUAAUGAAGAGUGUGAUUCAAGCAUGGACGACGAAGAGGAGUCCAGCGAAGACGAUGAGGAGGAUGAUUCAAGAAGCUCUACCAAUUCAGAUUCUGAUGAAGAUGAAGCACUGGCUGAUCUUAAAAGACUCCCACGGUACCAAAAAAAAGCUGACAAUGAUGAUGAUGAAGAAAAAAUGGAUAACGACGUCUUCUAUAAUUUAUUCGUCAAAGAAGCUAUGAAUUUCUUUUUAGAAAAAGAUGAAGAUUAUCAGCUGGAAGAAAACUUGGCAAAAACCGUUUGGAAGAUGGUCAAAGGAAUUACCAAGAAGCACUUUGCCAUCAUCAUUGGAUAUACGUUCUUCACGAGCCCAAGAAAGACGUUCGAUCAUUUCCUCUGCGAAGAACUGGUUAGCGACACCGUGGAGUAUUGGAAAAGACACAAAAAAGCGGAUGGCGGGGAUGACUUCGUAAAAGAAGUGGAGAGAUUGGAAGAAGAACAAAGAGGAAUGACAAAGAAGACUGACAUUGAAAAAAAUGAGGAACCGUCAGAAAGUGUAAAGCCUUACAUCAGACCUGAUAGUACCAGCCCCGUCAGUUGUGUCCCCGAAAAAGAGCUAUGUUUCAAUAUGCUCAAUAAACUGAUCAGGAAAGAUCUUCGCGUUGAGACUAACUUGAAAGAAUGGUUUUUGAAAGAAUUAGAAGGUUAUGGAGAACUGAAUGAACAACGAGCAGACCGAGCAUGGGAGAUUGUUGGAAAACUUGAUAGAGGAUUCCAUUCAAUCAUUGGAGACAUCUUCUACCUGACGGAAAAGGAAGAAGUUGAUAUUGAACUGAUGUUGGAGCUUCUCGAAAGGACGUGGGAUAUGUUGGAAGAAUUUGGCACUCCUGAGAAUUGGUAG